GACUGACACAUUAGUAAUGGACGACGGUGCUUAUUGAAUGGACCAAAAAGUACACACUUCUUAGUACACGCCUAGUCUACUUCCUCUCAUCUCCAAUUGAAGCGAGCGUUCAACCAAAGUGGCGAAAUUAAAUCCAGCUCGACGGGAGCUCAAACCCACCACGCCUUCUCUUCUGGCUCCUUCCACUCGAUCACCUCCACCCGGAACAUCGCGUCCUCUGUGCGGGCACAAUGACGGCCAAGCAUCGGAAGGGGAAAAGCAACCACAAACACGAAGAGGACCAUUUAAAAAGUGAAGUCCCCGAAUCAAAAGUCAGCGCAGGAGGGAAUAGCUACACGGUUGUGUUCUUUUUAUGUCUCGUCGUUGUACUCGGCGGGUCCAUUGGAGCUUGGUUUUGCUACCAGCAGCACCAAACUUUGAGCCACUUGACAGACACCUUCAUGAGCCUGCAAAUGAAGGUGGCCAAGCUGCAGUCCCAGGAGACUAUGCGACAGACAAAUGAUAAGGUGCAUGUGUCAGACGGUCUGGAAAGUCGACUCAAUGCCCUGGAAGAGUCGUACGCACAGGCCCAAAAACAGGUGGACGAGGCCUUGGCUACCACAGAGCAACUCAAGACAUCGGACCUCCCCGCUCAGGUGCUAUCACUCCACACCGAGAUGAAAUCACGUCUGGCUGACAUCCAGCAGACCACUGUGUCAUUGGAGCAGAUGAGCCAGCUGCAGGCGGUGCUACAGGGGAAGGCAGAGGAGGAGCAUGAAGGGGUCAAGAUUCAGAUGGGGGGCCUAUCUCAACAGGUCCAGACUCUUACGGGGCGCCUGGAGGAAGCAGAUGCCAAACUGGAAGAGGUUGCCCUUUUGAAAGACACCCUGGAGAAACAGGCUGCACAGAUAAUUGACCUGGAGUUGCAACUGGAGUCGUACCUGACCCAGCUGGACGCCAACACAGCAGAGAUGGUGACUCUCAGAGAACUGCUGCCAAACCAACGCUACCAGCAGGCCGACGUGGAGGAAAAGAUCAAUGCAGUUCGAAUCAGCAUUCAGGAUCACAACUCGGCCGCCCUAAGCCUUCACUCAGAACUCAGGGCUCAGCUGGACAGGCUGCAGAGGCGGGUCAUCCAGUUGGUGGAUAAUGAUCAAGCUAUAUCAGAACCUGAGGAGCAAACAGAGGGAGAACAAAAUCCUAUGAAUGUAGAAGAGGAGCAGCAGCAGCAGCAGCAGCAGCAGGAGGAGGAGAAGGAGGAGGACGCCAACCUUGUGACCACAGAGCCUGAAUCAGACGAGGCGACGGGACCACUUACCUUUUCAGAACUGUUAGAAACCGACGCAUCAAACACAGAAGACGAGGAGCCAAAUGUGGAAGAGCAUCAGAGUAAUGGUGAGGAGGUUCAUGAGGAUGACUUCAAACCAGACGAGGAUGUGGCUUCAGAAGGAGACACCGGAGAAGAAGAGGUGGAGGAGGGAAUAGUUGAUGCUGAGGAAGUUGAAUCAGAAGAUGAGUUGAAUGAAAGCAUGGAUGCAUAAGGCAAUGUAUUAAGAAAAAAAAACCCUACAGGCCAAUUGAUGUAUUGCACCAUCAUAACCUUGCUGAAGUGUUCCUCCUGUCUUCACGGUAAGUGUCAACAGAGGAUGUUCUAUGCCAUCGUGCAUCCACCAAGAACAACAUGCUAGCUGCUCAUCAUGUGAAAGACAGCAAGUCAGUAAACUCAAAAGCCUUAUUCUGUAACAAAAAAACACCUUCUGUCUUUCAAGUGAGUAUUUUCUACUGCUUCAACCAUUUGGGUAUAUAUUUUAAAACAAAAUGCGUUUUCUGAUCAACUUGAAGUCACCGAGGUACGCUUUAUUUUCUAUGUCUGCUUUGUAUGUGUGAGGAUUUAAAAAAAAUGAUCACUGAAAGUACAUUAUUUCUCUAGAAGAAAAAUAGUGUGGCACAUUGAAGAAAUUUUGGACACAGCUGCAAUAACUGAAUAUUUCUAGGGCAGUUGAUAUUUGUAGAGCCUUUGCAUGCAUUUUUUGCACCUUUUUACAAGCUGCAAUUUACCAAAUUGCACGGUCUUUGUGAUCGGUAUGUCAAAAGUAUAUACAGUAAACCUCGGAUAUAUCGGAUUCAAUUGUUCCCACUGGUUUUGUCCGAUAUAAGCGAAAUCCGUCAUAUGCGUAUACCGGAAAAUGUCCGUUUUACGCAUAUAUCGGAUUUAUAUCCGGUAUAUGCGUAAAUCGGAUUUUAUCCGUUAUAAAAAGGCACUUCCUUGACUAUGUUUCCAAUGUACCUGGACGCGCAGGCAACGCUGCAAACGCUGCAAAUGACGUCGUAUAGCGGCCUGUCACGAUUCGGCGAAUCGGAGCGCCACGAUGCGGCCAUCUGAUAUAUGCGAGGGAAAUUUAAUGGAAAUGCAUUGGAACGGGACUGGAGAUUUUGUCCGAAAUAGGCAAAAUCCGUUAUAAAAAAUGCAAUGAAUUUUUAUUGGAAAUGCAUUACAGAAAAAUCGGUUCUUUUUUAUCUGUCCGUUGUGAGCGAUAUAUCCGAGGUUUACUGUAUACACAUUUCAAAUUGAGAUAUAGCUAAUAUUUAGUCUAAUGAGGUUCAUUUGGUCAAUCAUUCAUACAUUCUAAACAGUUCAUUUUACAGAAAAAAAAAACGUGUUAAAUGUGUUAAAUUACUAAACAAGCUGUCAAGUGUUGAAGAAACUUGGACUUCUAGGGCUUCUCAGGGACAAAGUGUUCUCCUGAUACAUGUCUUGUUCGUAUAGUACAAAUAUGCAUAACUAAUGUGCAGACAAACUGUUAACACUGAGAGAUGCUCAGACGGUUGAACAUUUGUGUGUUUGGUACUUUUUGAUUUGUAUUACUCAGUACUCUUGAACUUACUCUCACCUGCUGGUGACAUAAACGUGACUCUUCAGGAGGCUGGUGUUAACUGGAAUGAUGCAAUCCAUCAACAACUAUGCAAUGCACACAAAAAAAGCUGUGAUUUGGGUAUACAAUUACAAAUAUUUUGUUGGUAUCUUUUAUUUAUGUUUCACAAAUACAGACUGCAGUAUUGCUUUUGGAUAUUGCUGCACAUUUUCACAUGUUCACUUGCUAUGGGCGUUGUCAAAAAAAAACAAAAGAUCUUUACACAUUGUCUUUCAAAUAAAGUCAAUUGUUCACU